GUUAAUAGGUUCCUGAGAAUUUAUUGCAUUAACAUUUAAACAAUCUGUGUAAUACUUUCUAACAAAGUAGAUUCUAACUGAUAAUCAGACAUUUAUUAAGACUCCGGGAGUGAGAGUGGGCUAUUGUUUAAUGUCUUAGUAUUUCACAGUGUCAUUCUGUGAAAAAUGAAAAUUAACAGAAUGAACUCUGAAUAUGAGGAAAGCUCCCAGCUGAGCUGGCUCCUGGGGAGCUGUAGGAAUAUCUAACCGCCUGGGCCCAAACUGUCCUGGGUACCUUUUAGCUUGAGACCUUGGGUGAGUCAUUCUUUAGGCCUGUUUCCUUACCUCUGUGAUGAGAAUAGUCCCCAUCUUAGUGCUUUUGUGGGGAUUGUAUGAAGUUGUGCAUGUGAAAUGCAAGUGUAUGCAUGCAGCAAAGAUCAGCUGUUAUUAUUUUCACCAGCAUCCUUGCUACCCAUAGGCUCAGUUCUUCCAGGGUACCAUUUUCAUUCUCACCUCAGAAUAGUUGUCAGUGCUGUUUCCUAUUGUCUGGAAUGUUUUUCCUUACCACUGUGUUUCAACUGGUUCACUUUUGCUUAUCUUUCAGAGAUGCUUCUGGUCCUUCCCUACCUGGUUCAGUUCCUGCAGCUUGCUAAAUAUGCCACAGCUGUAAUUUGAUAAUUAUUUAUGAUGACUUGCUAAUGUCUGCCUCUCUUGCUGGGUUGCAAACGUUUUUCUUCUUCAUGACUAUAUCACUGGUGCUUUAAACCAUAUCUGGCCUCCAAGAGCACUGGGAAAUUCUGUAUUGACAAAAUCAACAAGUUACUCUAGAAGCACUUGCAAGGGAAGAAACAGCCAAACCCUGGGUCUUGGAUCAUUUGUGGUAGAAGGCCUCAACAAUUUAGCAGACAGCCUCCUGAACCUUCACAUCUGGGUUGCUCCUAACCACACUCUUCAUCUUUAGGAACAGAGGGCCACUGAGAAACAGAUUCCUAAAAGUGCCGGUGGGCCAGCCAUGAGAGGGUACCUCGUGGCCAUAUUCCUCAGUGCUGUUUUUCUCUAUUAUGUACUGCAUUGUAUAUUGUGGGGAACAAAUGUUUAUGGGGUACCACCUAUAGAAAUGAAGCACCGAAAUAAGAUCCAGCCUUGUUUAUCAAAGCCAGCUUUUGCAUCUCUCUUGAGGUUUCCUCAGAUUCACCCCUUUUUGUGUGUGUCUGAUUUUAGGAAUACUGCUAUAGUCACUGGUAGUGAUCAGUUUUAUUUGCCCUAUGGGACAAAAAGAUCAGAGGCAUAUUUUAAACUUGCUCUUUCAAAACUGCAGAGUUGUGAUCUCUUCGAUGAGUUUGACAAGGUGCCAUGUAAAAGGUGUGUGGUGGUGGGCAAUGGAGGAGUUUUGAAGAAUAAGAGCUUAGGAGAGAAAAUCGACUCCUAUGAUGUAAUAAUAAGAAUGAACAAUGGUCCUGUUUUAGAACAUGAAGAGGAAGUUGGGAGAAGGACAACCUUCCGACUUUUUUAUCCAGAAUCUGUUUUUUCAGAUCAAAGUCACAAUGACCCCAAUAGUACGGUGAUUCUGGCUGCUUUUAAACCACUUGACUUAAAGUGGCUGUUCGAACUGUUGUCAGAUGGCAAAAUAAACACUAGUGGUUUUUGGAAGAAACCAGCCUUAAAUUUGAUCUAUCAACCUUAUCAAAUCAGAAUAUUAGAUCCUUUUAUUAUCAGAACGGCAGCUUUUGAACUACUUCAUUUCCCAAAAACAUUUCCCAAAAAUCAGAAACCCAAACACCCAACGACAGGAAUUAUUGCUAUCACGUUGGCGUUUCACAUAUGUCACGAAGUUCACCUAGCUGGUUUUAAAUAUAACUUUUCUGACCUCAACAGUCCUUUGCACUACUAUGGAAAUGCCACCAUGUCUUUGAUGACUAAGAAUGCAUAUCACAAUGUGACUGCAGAACAGCUCUUUUUGAAAGACAUUAUAGAAAAAAACUUUGUAAUCAACUUGACUCAAGAUUGACCCUCCAGAUUCAGAAGAUGAUGCUAACAGUAUUAGUUUUAUUUUUAUACUGCAAUUUUUAGUUUAUUUUUAAAUAUAUUCGAUAAACUUUUCAAAUUAUGUAUAUGAAGUCUGUGGCUGCUUGGUGACUCAUACCCAUCAGCUUAAUUUCUGUGAAUAUAUUUAUGAAAACCAAGAAAGGUCAAGCUAGUUAUCAGGGAAAUAAAGUUUUAAUUGCAUUUUUUAAAAAAAUAAGCUACUGUUUUUGAGAUGUUUUAAAACAUCUUUUUAUAGUUGACUUCAUCUCAGACUUCUGAAAGGACAUGACUUCUUAAUAAGGAGAUUUAGUUUACCAAACAGUUUUGACUACCAUGGAAUUCUGAGAGGUGUGAUUGGCUACUGUACACCUGGCAGGUGGGGAACUGGAAUAUGAUUGUGCCUUGCUCUAGCAAUCUGCACCCACCUAAGUUCACACUGGCUUAACUCUUCCCCUCUUGUCCCCUGCAAUUAGUUAAAUAAUGAUUAUAAUAAGUUAUAAUUUGGUAGAAGAAAAUGGUGUUUUUUUUUUUUUUUUCUCUUUUUAAGUUAAAGGAAAUGGGCAAAAUGUGAAAUUCUGGAUAAGUAAAUAACUAAUUCAAUUACUAA